CUGUCAACAGCUAUUGAUAGGCUCCCAGUCACAAAGCGAGAGAAAGGAGAAAUAAAGAAGUGGAUUACAGAUAGCAGGAGGAAACGAAUCGAGAUCCUGAUAACAGGGAGGACGGGAGUGGGAAAGUCGACGCUAGUCAACUCCCUCGUCGGCAGGCCCGUCGCGGAAGCUGGGAACAUGCGCGCUGUAACGAAGGUCGUAACGGACUACCAAGUUACGACAGAGGAAGGAGUUGAGGUAGUGGUGUGGGAUUCGCCUGGUCUUCAGGACAGCUCGGGGAACGAGGAAGAGUAUCUUGCCGAGCUAAAAGCAAAGUGCAGCGACGUCGAUGUCGUAAUUUUCUGCAUCAAGCUCGCAACAACUCGAUCCGAGUUGAAGGUGGCGCAAAAAGAACUCCGCGCCAUCAACAAGUUGACGACAACUUUCGGUCCGAAGUUGUGGAAACACGCCAUAUUCGUCCUGACGUUUGCCAACACACUGGAAGCAAUGCUGAAAGUGAAACCUGAUUGUGAGAGGUUAUUCAAUGAUAAGCUGCAGGAAUGGGAAGGGAGAAUCCAAGGAGCACUCAUUGAAGCAGGUGUUCCAAAGAAGAUAGCGGAGAAGGUUCCAGUCCAGCCUGCUGGACAUCCCCGGAAGCCACACCUACCAGGCCGAGAGUACUGGCUCAGCAAGCUGUGGUUGGUCUUUCUCAAGUGCGCAAAACAACACUCAAAGCCGGGCAUAACGCUACUGAACCUGCAUCGCCUCAAGAGAGCAAGUGAUGUCAAUGAAAAGGAUUUCAGUAAAAAGGGGUACGAGCAACCCAUCGUGGUGGAUAAAAAUGAUAUGGCCCUUGCUGGUCUGGUCUCGGGAAUUGGUGUAGCACUGAAUGGGGUGGCCAUUGGUGCGGGGAUUGGGGCCACGGUUGGGGCUGCAGGAGCAGGUGUUGGAGCUGUGGUGGGGCUGGUUGUAGGAGGAGGUGUUGGGCUAGCUGCAGGCCUUCUCCUUCACCACUGGCAGACCAGAGAGAAACAUUCUAGAUAA